AUGCCUACCCUGUCGGACUCCAUCGCAUUGACACUGCUGCUUGUCCUCGCAUUCGCGCCUUCGACGCACGCCUUUGGCGCUGGCUAUGUAGCUCGAGGUAGCCACGCUCAUGGCUCUAAUUAUCGACAUGGAGAUAUCUUGAUGGCAGUGUACUUUCUGCACCAUGUCCACUCCACAAGCGUUCGAAAGAUCUACUUUGGCAACUGGCUGCGCGACUUCAGCCAGAUCGUGGACCGUAAAGCUAUUGAGCUCGUCCCAGAGCCGAUACUGCGUGCUAUCGUUGCAGUCUUUGCCCACAUCCAAUUCGGAUACUCUACUGGCGACUUCGAGGUAACUCCGGAAAGACUUGGCUGCUAUCGACCCGAGGAACAUAUCGACAAUCCCAAAGGAUAUGAUGUUCCACUUGAGCUGUCCCAGGCGCAUGCUAGCUACGCACAACUACGCGCGCCAGUCACCAACGAUGAACUCCAGAUCCAUCACGUAUCUUCCAUGAAGAACUAUGUCGCGAAUGGCGAGGCUGCACCUAACAUAGACACGAGUCGCGACUUCAUUGAGAAGCAGCUCAUCGCAGCUGUUGCGUGCGGCCGGGCCGGCAACCCAGAGGCUUAUCAUCAUCUCGGCGCCGCUCUUCACACCCUGGAGGACUUCGUCGCACAUUCAAAUUGGGUGGAGCUGUGUAUACAGAUGCUGGCCGAGGAUUCGGAGUCUUUGCCACAUAGAGAGGAGAUGAGGAACGUUUUUGCUUUCACAGGUGGAGCAGCAAAGGUCGAGACCAAGCGAGGAUCAGCCUCUCCUCUUGUCACCGGCACGUUCGGCGCACUAGAUCUGUACCAAUCAUUACUUGGCGAGAUCGACGACAAACUAUCUGCUAUGAGCAUUCCGGGUCUGCAACAGCGAAUGAAAGGUCCCAAAGACUCGCUUUCAUCGGCAUCUAAGGCUCUGAUCGGUCUCCUGAAAGGAGCCAGCGGCGCCGACUUUAUUAAAGAUAUCGCAAGCAUCGGAGAAACCGCCACUAGUGAUCCCGCUGACUGGGGCAAACUGAACGAGACGCCGGGACUGCUGUGGGAUACGAUCAAGCCAAUCCUCCGUGUACGAGACAAAGUCGUGCAAUGGGUAUACGAUCACCUCACAGUAGACGUCAUUGCUAACGCUAUCGCUGCAAUAUCGUCGGCGAUCGACAAAUUCGUGUAUAUUGCUCUCGGAUUGGUGCUCCGCCCAGUGCUGAAAGACAUCUCUGCAAUCCUGGCUCAGCAGUCGGCAGAGCUCUUGGUCAAAGACCAAGAAGCUCGCCUUCUGCAUGGCAAAGACAACAUCUUCGACGAUGCAUCAACGGCUACAGACCCGACACAUUCGCAGCUUUGCAAAGAUCACUACGGCCAUCCACUAAACGAAAUCGCCGGCAUAGUGGCGGUACAAAUCACAACAUCGACAAUCAAGAAGAUCAUCGAGCUAUGGCAGCCCGACUCCAAAGCCGCCGUCAAGCCUGUGAUCGAUACUAUCCUCGAAACAUUGCACCACCCGUUCAACUACUCUAAGGAGUCCGAUCUACAGUCCCUGAUGGUAGCUCAGGUCUUCAACUGGAGUGCAAGGCACGGCGAAAAGCACGAUAUGCUGCACAAGCAGAUCCUUAUUGGACUGGACAAGUCCCACCAAGCUGCGAUUAAUUUGGGAGAAGCGGCGAAAGCGUCGCAUACUCACACAUCCUAUACCGCGGACGCCUAUGCUGACCCCACGAAGACUGCUCCGGCAUUCGUCGACACCGGUGAUCAACCAGGCGUUAGCCAAGGCCGUGACAAUGGUCCCGUGGGCGCCGACUCGCAUGCUGCCGGCCUGCAAACCGAGCGCGAAGAUUUCGCGCCUCCGCUGCAACAACAAGCCACGAUCGGCCAUGCGACAAUAGGAAAUCAGCCUUCUGUCACCGACACAGAUGCCACCCAGCAGUCCGCCGACUAUGGCAGCAGCAGCAAUGCCAGUCAGAAUCAAAGAUUUCCGCGGUCAGGCACAGCCCACCGCCUGACGACCAUUGACCACCCUGUCGCCUCCGCGGGCGUGUCGCAGCACCAGCCUCCAACAUCCCCGACGAUCAAAGCUCCCAGUGACCCCUCCGAGCCGCUGACUGCAACCGACACCACCGAUUCUCAACCCCAAAUCAUCGAUCAUCUAACUCGGAAUAUCACAUCCGCCCUCCGCCCCUCCCCAUCCUCCGGCAAGAAGCCCCCGAAAGACCUCGACGCGACUCCCUCCUCCCGAAACUCGCCAAGAUAUUCAAAUAUCUUUGAGGAUAUUCCGAUCGCGGAGAUUGUGGCUGCCCCGGGGAUGGGAGUUGUGUUGAAGGACAGUGUGGUGAGUUUGAGGAUGCAGGAUGAGGAGAAGUUGGAGGAGCAGCAGAAGAAGGCGCAUAGGGAUUUGGGUGGGUGGGAGGAGAGGAGUGUUAAGGUAUUACUUCAGCAGUUGGAGGCGCCGGGUAGGGGUCAUGGAGCGCAGAGUGCAAAGAUUGGGACAUUUAGGGAUGACGCAAAGCCUAAGGACGGUGAUGAGGACGGCGAUAAGGAGGGGAAGAUGGGCAAGAUGAUGGGCAAGUUGAAACUAAAGAAAUCGAGUGGUGAGCAGUGA